CCGCAUCCUCCUCCUCCUCCUACCGGGUCUGUGCCGACGAAAGCGCUUCCAGCCAGAGAGAGUGGAGGCCUCAGAUUUAUAGGAAAUGCACAGAUGUACCGUGGCUCAUAAUGUUUUUCCUCUUUUGGACUGGCCUGGUGUUCAUAAUGGGCUACGCUGUUAUGGCCGGCUCAUCGGGAAGGCUUGUGUUCGGCUACGACAGCUUUGGCAAUGUCUGUGGAAAGAAGAAUUCGCCUGUGGAAGGGGCUCCACUCUCUGGGCAGGACAUGACUAAUAAAAAGCAUGUUUUCUUUAUGAAUUCCUGCAAUCUGGAAAUCAAAGACCAGAAAAUCAAUUCCAUCGCUCUGUGCGUAUCGAGCUGUCCGCAGGAGCAACUGAAUUCUCUGGAAGAAAUCCAAGGCUUUGCCAAGAACAAUGGGUCUCUUCUGUGUGUCUAUAGCUUGAAUUUUUCCAGUGGCAUCCCAAAUCCCCAAGUAACCUCCUUGUGUCCCAACCUUCCAGUUCCUCCAAGCAAAUCCUUCCCCUUGUUUAAUCGAUGUCUCCCUCAAACACCUGAAUGCUACUCCGUCUUUGCAGCGGUUUUGAUUAAUGAUGUGGGCACCUUGCAGCGCAUCCUGGGUGGAAUAAUGGCAGGAAGAGAAACCGUCCUUGGCCUGUGUGUCCUUUCAGUAGCCUUAUCCUUUACUAUGGUUUUGAUCUUCUGCUGUGUCACCACCCUCCUGGUUCACAUUUUUAUUACAUUGGUUAUAAUGGGCUUAUUGUUUGUCUCUGGUGUCUUAUGGUGGCUGUACUAUGACUAUGUCAACAGCAUCAGCACGGAGCUGGAUACAGAGAAGGAAAACGUGAAGUUUUUACUGGGAUUUUCCAUCGUAUCCACAGUCAUCACGGUGAUUCUGCUCCUCCUGAUUUUUGCUCUGAGGAAGAAGAUUCCGUUGGCCAUAGAACUUAUCCAAGUCAUGAAUAAAACCCUGGGCGACUCUCCUUUCCUGUUCCUCCAGCCACUGUGGACAUUUAUCAUUCUCAUUUGCUUCUGGGUGCUGUGGGUCGCAGUCCUGCUCAGCUUGGGGACCGCAGGAACCGCUCAGGUUAUUUCAGGAGGACAAGUGGAAUACAAACCGCUGCUGGGCAUUCAGUACAUGUGGUGGUAUCAUUUAAUUGGCCUUAUCUGGACUAGCGAAUUCAUCCUUGCCUGCCAACAGAUGAUUGUGGCUGGAGCAGUGGUUACUUGCUUCUUCAACCGAAAUAAAAACCAGCCUCCAACUCAGCCGAUGAUCUCAUCUCUAUCCAUUCUCUUUUGCUACCAUCAAGGAACAGUGGUGAAAGGGUCGCUUUUAAUCUUCCUAGUCAGAAUUCCAAGAAUUGUUUUCAUGUACGUUUACAACAUUCUGAAAGAACAGGAGGAGAAUGCUUUUGCAAGAUGCAUGUUCAAAUGCUGUUUGUGCAGUUCCUGUUCCCUUGACAGAUGCCUAAAUUAUCUAAAUCAGGCUGCAUUCACCACAACUGCAAUUAAUGGGACAGAUUUCUGCACCUCAGCCAAGGAUGCAUUUUAUAUCUUAUCUAAGCAUUCAGGACACAUCACAUCCAUCAACUACUUUGGAGACUUCAUAAUCUUUCUCGGAAAGGUGUUUGUGACGUACUUCACAGUAUUUGGCGGUCUAAUGGCGUUUAACUACAACCGUGAAUUGCAAGUGUGGGCGGCUCCGCUGUUGUUGGUGGCAUUUUUUGCCUACUUAGUAGCUCACAGUUUCUUAUCCGUGUUUGAAACGGUGCUGGAUGCUCUUUUCCUCUGUUUCGCUAUUGAUGUGGAAACAAAUGAUGGAUCUCCAGGAAAACCAUAUUUCACAGAUCAAGAGUUCAUGAAUUUUAUCUGUAGGAGCAGUAAAUCAAUUGAUGAUGAAAAGAAACAGAGAAACAAAGAUACACUGAAUAAUGAAGAUGGUACAGAACUCCAGCCUAUCGUGAGAUAGCAUGUCAGAUGUUUGUUCCUCCGUGGUGUGUAAGAAUUUUAGCCAUUUUGGUGCUCUUUAUAGAAUUCUUUGCAGACAGAAUCCUUAAUGCGGUCUUUUUUGCCUUUUACACUUUGAUUUAUGAUAUGGUCACGGUGUGGAUUUUUAUUGUGGUGUUACCUGGAAAGGAAUCGGCCAUCCUACCAAGUGAGGCACCAAUCAGUGCUACGUUCUACAUACCUUUUUUAAGGUUUUUUUCUGAUAGAUUAAAUGAGGUCCCAUUAAUGUGAGGAAAGUUUGAGAAGCCCUUCUUUUUAAAACUGAAAGAUGAUUUACCAGUACCCAUUUCUUGGAAAACCAUUUUUGUGAUAGUCAACUUCCAAUCACUCAUGGUAAUGGCGCACGUUGCAUCCAGAUAUGGGAAAGGAGCUCUCAUUUUCGGCAGGGUUUUAGCCUUCUUUAGCCCUGAGCUCUCUUCCGGAGAGUCUCGUUGAUAGAUUUUUAAUUUUGGCCAUCCUUCCCUACUCCUGUUCACCCUCUGUUGGGAAUGCUGAGAGUAGUGAAAUAGUUAUAAAAAGAAGAGGAAGAGAGACAAGCAAAUAAAGCACCUGGAUAUUUGAGUUGAGGGGAUAGACUUCAACUCGGUGUAACAUUUUCAAAUUGUAAGUGCACCAGCUUUGGAGGCUCCAAGACUUCUUUUGUGUUCGAAUUAACUUGCCCAAUCUUUUGAUUAUUGUAGCAUACAUGAUUUCAAAAUUUCUCUGAUAUCCUCUCCGAUAGAUUAUCUGUAAGUAAAUUGAUUAUAAAUGCAUAGCCGUCAGAGUCAGGAAAAUCAUUUCUCUCUGUGGAAAAUUCAAGUCUUCUCCUUUAAAUAAACAAGAGUUUAGAAGAAGCUCUGAGUUUUUCUAGGAGAAUUGUUGUAGGGUAGAUUUAACGCAGGGCCUCCUCACCAAAAAUGCUAGAAAUCCGCAGAAGUUUCUUAGAACCGCCUUCUCGCAAGAGGUCAUUGUGGGCAGGGGCUGUGUCCGUUUGUUGUUAUAGUGUAUUUUCCCAGGCAAAGAGUGCACAUAGUAAGCGCCCAAUAAAUAU